CGGAAGUGGCUCUCCGGAAGAAGCGUGGCUGCUUUCCCGGGACAACCUAACGCAGCGAGCUGACCCGCCGGGACCAUGCAGUCGGACGACGUUAUCUGGAAUACACUAGGAAACAAGCAAUUUUGUUCCUUCAAAAUAAGAACCAAGACUCAGGGCUUUUGCAGAAAUGAAUACAGUCUGACGGGUCUGUGCAAUCGGUCAUCCUGUCCCCUGGCAAAUAGUCAGUAUGCUACCAUUAAAGAAGAGAAAGGACAGUGCUACCUGUACAUAAAGGUUAUAGAACGAGCAGCUUUUCCUCGGCGUCUCUGGGAACGGGUACGACUUAGUAAAAACUAUGAGAAAGCACUGGAACAAAUAGAUGAAAAUUUGAUUUACUGGCCCCGCUUUAUCCGACACAAAUGUAAGCAGAGGUUUACCAAGAUAACCCAGUACCUGAUUCGAAUCAGAAAACUUACACUGAAGCGACGGAAGAAGCUUGUUCCUUUGAGUAAAAAGGUUGAACGAAGGGAAAAACGAAGAGAGGAAAAAGCAUUAAUAGCUGCCCAGCUGGACAAUGCUAUUGAGAAGGAGUUGCUGGAGAGACUGAAACAAGAUACGUAUGGCGACAUAUACAACUUCCCCAUCCAUGCCUUCGACAAGGCCCUAGAGAAACAGGAAGCAGAAAGUGACUCUGAAGAUGAAGAAGAGGAGGAGGAGGAGGAAGAUGAAGAAGAGGAUGUGGGGAAGAGAGAGUUUGUAGAAGAUGAUGAGGUAGAGGAGAGUGACCUGAGUGAUUUUGAGGAUAUGGAUAAGCUGAAUACUGACAGUGGAGAAGACCAGGAUGACGAAUCCUCUGAAGAAGAGGCUCAUAAGGCCAAACACAAAGGCAAAGCACCCUUGAAAGGACCUUUGCGGAAGAAGCGGGCCUAUGUGGAAAUAGAGUAUGAACAGGAGACAGAGCCCAUGGCCAAAGGCAGAACCACAUGAGCUCCCUUCACACCUUUUAUCCUGAAACAGUCCACACUGGCUGCUGGGCUCUUUUGUAUUCUAUUUCCUAAAGUUAUUUUGUUACAGAAAGUUAUUUAUAUUGUUAUCUUCAGUGGAGCAGAUAUCUGGAAUGAAUCUGAAAGAGCCUUGAAUUGUAAGGAGUAUUUUUAUAACACAUGUGCUGUGACAGCUUGAGACCAAGGAACCUAACAGAUGACUUCUUGGAACUGAAAUGGCACUAGCUGUAAAUAUCUAAAUUACAAGUGCUGAAUUCUCUCCUCCCAA